GCACCGUGAACGUUCUCAGUGGCGUCGCGUUCGUCGCCUUGAAUAACGCGAGCGGUUGUGUAGCUGGAGAUUUGGGUAACCGCGCCUAUCUUACGCAUCGUCAAAUCCGCGAGCAUUAUUAAACUGUUCCUGAAACUUUUUGAAAAGUUGUUCCCGCAGGAUAGAGUGUUUGUUGCGUUUCCUUUCAAUAUAUUUCGACAGACUUUUGCGUUCCAAUGGGUAGCAUGCCGCCGUUUUGUUUGCUGAUGGUGAUCAUAGCCACCUUCGCUACGAUAACAGUUUAUGUCAAUGCAAAUGAUAAUCCAGCUUUGGAGAUCAAACCAGACUUGCCAGUGGUUACCAAACAAGUUGGAAGUAGUUUGGCUUUAACGUGCAGGCCACGUGUACCCGAACCCAACUUGGUAACUCAACUAGAAUGGAGGGAUCCAAGAGGACGCUUGAUAGAAAAUACUAAUUCAGAUGCACCAAUGCAUGCAGAGAAAUUAACAAACGAUCCCGGAUUAGUUUUGGUGUUCCCUAAGCUACAAGAUAAUUUAGGGGGGGUUUACACGUGUCGAGCUUCUUACGCAAGCACACCUUUAGAAGCAACGGUAAAAGUUGUAACAAUAGUUGAUAUUACUUGGCUUGACGCUCCGGAGUAUCAAUAUCCCAUAAUUUCAAAUGAUUACAAAGUAAGAUGUAGAGUCCAAGCAAAUCCAGCUCCGAUCGUGGAUUGGGUUAAAAAUGGUUUAACUUUAAAAUCGAACGAUAAAUACAUCGUUGAAAACGACGGCUUAUUAAUUAAAAAUGUAAAAGAAUCCGAUGAUGGAAUUUACACGUGUCGAGCUGUCGUUCUUGAAUCGGGAAGUUAUGAUCAAAAAAAUAUUAGAGUCGAGGUCCAAAUCCCACCGACGAUCGAAUCAAUUCCAAGUGCUACCGUUGUUGAAGGCGAAUCAGCUUCCGUUGUUUGUAAAGCACAUAGUAAACCGCCAUCGAAUUAUACUUGGAUUAAAGUUGAUUCAAGGGAGGAUUUAUCAAAGAAAGAUCGAUUUGAUGUAAGACCAAAUACGGGGGAAAUGUUCAUAAAUAGAGCGGAAUUUAACGAUAACUCAGUUUAUAAAUGCAUAGCUGAAAAUCCCGCUGGAAGAGCUGAAUUAUCAGUAAACAUAACUGUUAGAGUUAAACCCAGAAUUUUCGAAUUAAUUAACAUAACAGCACCAAUAGGAAACGACACGAAAAUUAUAUGUAAAGCCAACGGAAGACCAACCCCAAAGGUUUUAUUUAAAAAGUUAAGUAGAACUGAUCUUUUCCAAAUCGGUUCUCAACCAUUCGACGAUAGGAUUCUCAUGGAAAACUUUCAUGACAACGAAAAAGGAGAAACUUACGGAAUUUUAACGAUUCGUAAUCUAAGAAGAGCGGACGACGGCCUCUACGAAUGUAUCGCCGACAACGAAAUCGAUAAAGCUUUCAAAAACGGUCACAUAGCCGUCGAAUUCCCCCCGGUCUUCGACAAUACCCUAAACAUUUACGAAGUAUGGACGUGGCGAGACAAUCCCGGCAAUUUAACAUGCGUUGCCGAAUCUUUUCCAAACGCAACGAUAAAAUGGAGAUACAACAACAUUGAAUUAGACGGGAAAAAUCCGAGUAUUAGAAUUGAAGGGACCGGGCCAAAAUCACAAUUGAUCGUGACACCAGGACAACAACAAAAACUUUACGCUCAUUACGAAUGUAUCGCUACGAAUCGAUUGGGGCAAAGCAGUGCGUUGUUCAGUUUAAAAGAAGCUAAAGUUCCCGAUCCAAUUCUUCAAGUUAAAGUUAACAUGGUAACCGCUAGAACCAUUAAAUUUGAAAUUGUUGGACCGCAUCAUUUCACUGGGAUGCCUUUAAGGACGUUUAUUUGUAGAUAUCGAAGGGAUGAUCAACCGUGGGAUUUAGCGAGAAAUAAAACGUGGAGUGUUAAUGCUCCGUAUAUAAUUGAAAACUUAGAACCUCAAAGAACGUAUCAUUUCGCUUUUGCUGCGGGUAACGAUGUGGGAAUCGGCGGUUGGAAUGGACCAGGUGUUGAAUACACAAUGCCGACACGAUCUGUGCCAACAGAGCCUAAAAUUUUAGUAACGCCUGGGGAUUUUGGAAAUGUUCCAUUUCACGAACAAGUCACCGUCAGUCCGUAUGCAGAUCAUUAUGAAUUAAGGUGGAAUGUACCGCAUGACAAUGGAGAUCCUUUGGAUUAUUAUAUUAUCAGAUAUUGUAAGACUGAUAGGAUUAAUGGUGAAUGGAGAGAUUCAGAAUCAGAAUGCAGCUCGGAAAUAACGCAGCCAUCUCAAUUCCAAAGUUACGAGUUAAGCGAUCUUCUACCGGACACAACGUACAAAAUUGAGCUUAGGGCUCAUAACGCGAUAGGUGCGAGUAGCCCCGCACAAAUUAGGGUUAAAACAGCCCGAGGUCUGGAUCAAAUUGUUCAACCCCACGAAACAACAUCGAUAAGCAGCCUGGUGAUCAUCGGUAUCGUAAUUGGAGCAAUUUUCCUCCUUUUAAUCAUCAUCGAUGGGCUAUGUUUUUGCAUUAAUCGAGCUGGAUUACUCGCUUUUUGUUGUGAGUGUAUUCGAGCUAAAAGAAUCGAUGAGGAUGAUUCGAAAGUUUCAAGUUUAUACAGUUGGCGAUUUCCACUGCCUUAUUGUAGUUACAAAGCUGCUCCGGCUCAUCCAAAUUGUCUCAACUUGCCACAACCGAUUAAGUUGGCCUCAACAAACGAGGCUGAAAAAGAACCGUUAAGUCCAGAAAAUCGUGAACAACAAUACAACGCCGAUCCGGAAAAGAAAACUUUAAUGGCUGAAUACGAUGGAAAACAAGUUCAAAUGAAAUCGAUAGAAAUUGGGAAAUAUUCAGCCGUUUAAAACAUUUUUUGCAAAAUUUAUGUUAAAAUUAACUAUGUCUAGGUACACGCAAUUUAAAUGAAAAGCGAAAAAAUUGUUGCGUGUAUCUAAAUACUUUGUAAAAAAAAAUUAAAACUUUUACUUAAAAAAAGUUAUACUCAAAUUAAAAUGUUAUCUCCUACUACUACGAAAAAAUCAUUUUCCUUUUUGUAAAUGUUAAAAUAUAUCAUUAAAAUCAUUAUUAUUAAUGUAAAGAAACGUGCCAAAAAAUUAUUAGCUUGUUCUUGUACUGGUUCCAGCCAAAGUUCUCUAUAUAUAUAUGAAUAAGUAAGUGUAAACAUCUCAGAUAAUAAUAAUUAUUUUUUAAUAAAGUAUCGCUGUGUCUAGCUUAUAAAUAUGAUAGGUAUAAAAGAAGUAAGUAGUUUUUACAGCCUUAGACUUUGUUAACUUGGUUAGAUAAUAAAACUUAUUACUUAUCUAGUUAAUCAAAUUUAAUUUGUACUUAUAGUUACGAAGACUGAAGGACGAUAAAGAACAAAAAAUUAUUUUUUUGUGUAUUAGAUUAAUUUUUACUUUGUUAUGACCGUUUUCUUAAUUUUUAGUUAUUAUUCGUAAGUAUAUCGCGUUGUGCUUUUUUUGCUAAACAUGACAGUAUUACUACAAUUUAUAAUCCGUAAAUAAGAAGAUAUAAUGAAUAAGAAGAGUGUCUUAAUCUUAACCUAACAAAAAAGAAAUAAUGUAACCAACAAAUAAAUAUAAGAUUUUAUUAUAUAAAAAAUCCAUAAAAAAGAAAAUAAAACCAAAAGUAUUAAGUGUAAAGAAAUUAUAAGGUUAUAUUUAUAAUUGUAGCUUUUGAUAUUUGACCAAUAAAUACCAUACAAUGCA